UCAUCAGGGAAGCUACAUUUGACGAUAUUCAGUAUUCACACAGAUGCUGUGCACGAAUGUAUCUGUAAGAGUGAGGUGUCUUCUCUUCCUUCAGAGAUGGAGUCUCAGAAUCCAAACCUGAUCUGCGCCAUAUGCCUGGAGCGUUUCCGGAUCCCUGUAACCAUCCCCUGCGGUCACACCUUCUGUCAAAAAUGCAUCACCACUCACUGGGACACCAAGAGCAAGUCUGACAUCGGACCUCAUUGCCCAUUCUGCAAUGAGGAGUUUGAGUCCAGGCCCAUUCUCAAGCGUAAUGUGUCUCUGUCGGUCUUGACCGAGGCUGCAAACAGCACCGGCCCCUCCUGUAGAGAGGCGCUCAUGAGGGGAGGUGAAGGGGCAAGAGCCAUGCUGCUGUGUGAUCGCCAUAAAAAGCCUCUGGUUUAUUACUGCAGGCAGGACAAAAUGUCUGUGUGCUACGAGUGUGGCAUCUGUGAAUGCAUGAACCACGACAAGGUCUUGUUGGAGACAGAAAGGGAGAAUCAAGAGCUGCUGCUGGAAAGGAAGAGCAAGGAGGUGGGGAAACUCACGGAAGAGACGCAGAAAAGUAUAAAUGAGUUGGCUGAGAAUAUCAAUCACGCUAAGGUGACUCUUCAGCAGACUUCCAACUGGGUCAAUGCCAAGUUCUCCUCCUUGAUAAAGAUACUUGCUGAGAAGCAGGAGGCUACAGAGCUCUUUAUCGAGGAGCAGAAAGAAGGUGCCAUCACUGAGGCGGAGGCACGACUAGCUGAACUCAAGGAGCGUUGCCAGAAACUCAGAGAGACCCAGGAACAGAUAGCAGCUGUACAUAACCUCCCUGAUACAGAGCUCAUCAAGGAAUCACUGGUCAUAGAAGUUCCACGUUUCAAAGAUAUUCCCACAGAUGUAACAUCAAACCUUCAAGAUCGAUUAAACGGCGUCACAGAUGUCCUGUCGCGAGUCUCCAAAUUGGUGUCUGAGGACUUGGAGAAAGCUGUGAGCACCGCUGUGGGUCCGGACAAAGACGGUUCCCCUCAGGAUAAGAGGCCAGUCCUAGCUGUGGUUCCUAGUCCAGCUGCUCCAUGCCACCCUGGUGGGAAGGAAGGCCUCAGUGCUUACAGAUGCUCUCUGACCUUUGACCCUCGCACAGCCAACGGCCACCUGUUUCUGUCCCAGGAGAACCGUAGGGCGGAGCACCUCACCUCUGGGCCACGCCCCGUCCCAGCCCACGAAGCCCGCUUUGAUCACACCUGGCAGGUGCUCUGCUUUCAGGGCUUCACCCAUGGACAGCACUACUGGGAGCUGGAGGUGUCCAAGCCCUGGGCCUACCUUGGGGUAACCUACGACACCAUCCCCAGGAAGGAAAAGGGCAAGAGGUGCAUGGUGGGUAUGAACGAACUGUCCUGGAGCCUGCAGCUGGACGAGCAUCAGCUCAGCGCCUGGCACAACGGCCGACGGGAGACCCUGGCUGGUCACUCCCAGCACAGUCGCAUCGGCAUGCUGCUGGACUACGAGGCGGGGACGCUCACCUACUACGGAGACGGGCAGACCAGGCUUCAUGCCUUCCACUGUGCCUUCAGCCAGGAGCUGUUCCCUGCCUGCUGGAUAGGAGAGGGGGUCAGCAUCACCCUCUGCUCCACAUGAGCUGACUCAUAAAGAGACGUGAAGAAGUGAGCUCAGUAACAAGAAUCACUAUCAAACAUGGGCACUAGCUGACUCAACAUAGACGAUCCUCCUUAACCAUUUUAGAGGUUUUUAAAUCUUUCUUUUUUUCUCUUUGCACCGACUGUCUUCCUACAUUUGAAGCAGUAGAACUUACUGUAAUGAG